CUUAAGGCUCUGUAAUGAAAGCGAAUCUCUGAAAGUGAAUAAUUUUAUUCGCAUGGAUAUUUAACUAUUUGGAAACUUAUAAUAAUGUCUAAAAUCAUAAAAUUUGACCUACGAGAGUUAAAACAGUUGGCAAACGACAAAAAUUCUUGUUUGGUUGUAAAAAAGAUUACACAAAAUCUGGCUUUACAGCCAUGGUGCCUUGGAAAUAUUAAAGAAUCUAUAACAAACUUAUUAGAUUAUAAAGUUGGUAAAUUUGAUAAAGAGUUGAACGGUGUCUUAGUAAGCUAUAAAAAUCCUUGUAUACUUCAGAAUGUUGGCACUAUACGCAAUGAUAAUGCGGAUAUACAUUUCCAAGUUCAAGCGGAUUACUUCAUAUUUCAACCAUACAUAGGUGCAAAAUUAACUGGUUUAGUUAACAAAAAGUGUUCCACACAUUUAAGUGUCCUAGUACAUAGAGUUUUUAAUGUGGUCAUACCACAGCCAACAGAAGAGCCUGGAGACAAGUGGAUCGGAUCUAGUGUUAAAGAGGGCCAAGAGGUCACUUUUAGAAUUGCUGCCUUAGACCUUUACGGAGCUCUUCCUUACAUUAGAGGUGAAUUAGAUGAGAGGAGUCUAAAACUAGAAAACUAUGAAAUUGAUGACGAUAUUGAAGUUUCUCAACCAUUAAGUGUACCUUAUGUGAUUUUUGAUAAAACUAAGCCUAGUGUAAAAUAAAUGAAUUAAUCUACACAUAGAAGUAAGGAAAAACAUAAAGAUAUGGAAUGAUAUCUGACCACUGUUCGCUGAACAUUAAGCUAACUACUUAUAACAGAGAUAUCUUCUUUUACUUUAUCAAUUAUUGAGUUGGUAUCAUCAGCAAAAAUUAACUUAAAUUAUAAAUGACCACGUAACACAACACAAAAAAAUGUGUAUGUGCACAAUUCACACUCAGUAGAAGUGAACCUUAUAAAAAAUAAAAAUAAUCGCAAGGGUCAACCACUCCGGAGUGCAACGGAGCAGCCUCACCUUGGGAGAACCACCUGCAUAAUCACAGUAACCCUACACCAGAUAAGUAUGAUUUAGAAAGAGAGAAAUACGAGAAUGUCUAUGAACUGUGUAACAUCUCGUCACUGCGAUUCAGGAAUUGUUGAAUUUGCGUGCUGCGACAUCUGUUGAUAACAAACU